CGGUUUGCAGUGGAGUGACCGCCCUGAAUGCGCUGGCCACGAGUCUGUGCUCUCAUUGGCCUCCCCCAUCACUCAGCUAAAGUACUGGGAGGUGCUGAGUUGCAGUGGCUUGAGAGAGGCCAGGCCUGGCGUAGAGUAGAAGAUUCAGGCAGUAAGCAAGCCCUCCCAGCUCCCUCGGCACCAAGUGGCCCUUAGGCCUGUUUCUAUGCUACCGGUUGACUCCCUAGCCUGGGGAGUUAACCCCUGACUCAGCCCAUCCCUUCAGAGCUAGAGUUUUUCCUGGGUCAUUCUGAUCUCCCUGCUGUUGGAAGGAGAACGUGUUUGCUGGGCAGUCAAAAAUAUAUGCCUACAUGAGUCCGAACAAAUGCUCUGGAAUGCGUUCACCACUUCAGGAAGAGAACUCGGUUGUGCAUCAUGAGGUCAAAUGCCAGGGGAAGCCAUUAGCUGGAAUCUACAGGAAGCGAGAAGAGAAAAGGAAUACUGGGAACGCGAUCCGAAGCACCGUGAAGUCCGAUGAACAGAAAAUCAAGGAUGCCAGGAGAGGUCCCCUGGCACCUUUUCCAAACCAAAAAUCCGAAGCAGCAGAGCCUCCAAAAACUCCACCCCCACCAUGUGAUUCUACCAAUGCAGUGGUUGCCAAGCAGGUCCUGAGAAAGCCCCUCAAGGGCAAGCCGGCUCCUCGGAAAAAGUCUCAAGGGAAAACUCAGCAGAACAGGAAACUCACAGAUUUCUACCCCGUGCGAAGGAGCUCCAGGAAGAGCAAAGCAGAGCUGCAGUCUGAAGAAAGGAAAAAAAUAGAUGAGCUGAUUGAGAGCGGGAAGGAAGAAGGCAUGAAGAUUGACCUCAUUGAUGGCAAAGGCAGAGGUGUGAUUGCCACCAAGCAGUUCUCCCGGGGAGACUUUGUGGUAGAGUACCAUGGGGACCUCAUUGAGAUCACCGAUGCCAAGAAGCGAGAGGCUCUGUAUGCACAAGACCCCUCCACGGGCUGCUACAUGUACUAUUUUCAGUAUCUGAGCAAAACCUACUGCGUGGAUGCCACUCGAGAAACGAACCGCCUGGGGAGGCUGAUCAAUCACAGCAAGUGUGGGAAUUGCCAGACCAAACUGCAUGACAUCGACGGCGUGCCUCACCUCAUCCUCAUCGCCUCCCGAGACAUUGCCGCCGGGGAGGAGCUCCUGUACGACUACGGCGACCGAAGCAAGGCCUCCAUCGAAGCCUACCCUUGGCUGAAGCACUGAC